ACGUUUAUUUGUUUUAGUUGUUUUGUAUUUUGCUAUUAGCUCUUGAAGACACACCAGUUCAUUGCAUUUUCCAUCAGAGAUCAUUGUGAGUUGACAGACCGGGAGGAUGACAGCUCAUGUGUGUUGCUUGAUUGUUGUUCUAUUGUGUCUGUUUGGAUACUUGAGCAUAACAGAUGCUGGAAAAACAACAGUAAAGCCAGGAAAGUGUCCACCCCAAUCAUCUAGAAUUAGAUCGUGUAACCGGAGUCCCUGUGAGAAUGACUCCAACUGCCCCAACAAUGAGAAGUGCUGCAGCAAUGACUGUGGAAGUUACUGUACAGCUCCAUAUAUAGUGAAGCCAGGUCAAUGUCCCGACCCAAGGGACAUUACACUAUCUCCUGAAAUCUGUGUCCAAGAUGGCCAGUGUCCUGCCACACAGAAAUGUUGCCCAACCACCAGUGUCAAUGCAUGCAGUGAACCCCAGGGUCAGGGGAGCGGCCAGGGUCAGGGGAGCGGCCAGGGUCAGGGGAGCGGCCAGGGUCAGGGGAGCGGCCAGGGAAGUGGCCAGGGUCAAGGGAGCGGCCAGGGAAGUGGCCUUGGCUAUGGUCAGGGUAGUGGCCAGGGGAGCGGCUAUGGUCAGGGAAGCGGGUUUGGCCAGGGUCAAGGGAGCGGCCAGGGAAGCGGCUAUGGUCAAGGGAGCGGCUAUGGUCAGGGUAGUGGCCAGGGGAGCGGCUAUGGCCAGGGAAGCGGGUUUGGCCAGGGUCAAGGGAGUGGCCAAGGAAGUGGCUUUGGCUAUGGCCAGGGGAGCGGUCAGGGGAGUGGCUUGGGCCAGGGAGUUGGCUAUGGCCAGGGGAGCGGCCAGGGAGUUGGCUAUGGCCAGGGGAGCGGCCAGGGAGUUGGCUAUGGCCAGGGGAGCGGCCAGGGAGUUGGCUAUGGCCAGGGGAGCGGCCAGGGAAGUGGCUUUGGCCAGGGCCAGGGAGUUGGCUAUGGCCAGGGGAGCGGCCAGGGAAGUGGCUUUGGCCAGGGCCAGGGAGUUGGCUAUGGCCAGGGGAGCGGCCAGGGAAGCGGCUUUGGCCAGGGCCAGGGAGUUGGCUAUGGCCAGGGGAGCGGCCAGGGAAGCGGCUUUGGCCAGGGCCAGGGAGUUGGCUAUGGCCAGGGGAGCGGCCAGGGAAGCGGCUUGGGCCAGGGAGUUGGCCAUGGCCAGGGGAGCGGCCAGGGAAGUGGCUAUGGACAGGGCCAGGGAGUUGGGUAUGGCCAGGGAAGUGGCUUUGGCCAGGGAGUUGGCCGUGGCUCUGGCUAUGGACAGGGGAGUGGUCAGGGACUGGGAAGUGGGCAAGGAAAGGGUCACUGAAGUGAUCAGUCAGGGAAAUUGUCUUGAAACUUUCGUAUGAAUUUUGGAUGACUCCUACUGGAGACCUUUCCGUUCAGUGCUUUAUGGCAUUUUUCCCUUGUCUAGAACUGUUGCCAUCUCCCUCCUACCCUCAAAUAAAAAUAAAUGCUUGAAGA